GGGACGAGUUCAUUGGCUGUUGCUUUUUAAAUUUUCUUACAGCCUGUGACUUUAGCUAAUCGAUGUGUAAAAAUAAUAAAUCCAAUAAAAUUCGUAAGAGCCACUCGAUUGCUUCCUUCGCUUUCUAUCAAGAGACUUCCUUUUUUUUUUCCUGUUCUUCAUUUUUUUUUUGUUAUUAAUAUUUUGUCAUUUUUCUUACAUUUUUCUCGAACACCGAAAACACUUUCGAACCCUAAAAGACAGAACACUGUGUCAAUUUUCAUUACCUGGGAACGAAAAGCAAAAUCAAAGACAAUAAUUUUUUCCCCGAGAGAGAAAAUGCAGAGGUUGAAGCAGCAGCAGCAGCAGCAACAAGUUAUGAUGCAGCAAGCUCUUAUGCAGCAACAGUCUCUCUACCAUCCUGGUCUCCUUGCCCCGCCACAGAUAGAACCAAUCCCAAGUGGAAAUCUCCCCCCUGGUUUUGAUCCAAGUACUUGCCGCAGUGUGUACGUUGGAAACAUCCAUAUUCAGGUGACGGAACCUCUGCUUCAAGAGGUUUUUGCUGGCACUGGUCCUGUAGAAAGCUGUAAACUAAUUAGGAAAGAAAAGUCUUCUUAUGGGUUUGUGCACUACUUUGAUCGAAGAUCGGCUGGUCUUGCAAUCCUUUCUCUCAAUGGAAGGCAUUUGUUUGGGCAACCUAUCAAGGUUAACUGGGCUUAUGCGAGUGGCCAGAGGGAGGAUACAUCAAGUCACUUCAAUAUAUUUGUUGGGGAUUUGAGUCCGGAGGUUACUGAUGCAAUGCUGUUUACUUGCUUCUCUGUCUACCCGACUUGCUCGGAUGCAAGAGUUAUGUGGGAUCAGAAAACUGGGCGUUCAAGAGGAUUUGGAUUUGUUUCCUUCCGUAACCAACAGGAUGCCCAGACUGCAAUAGAUGAGAUAACUGGGAAAUGGCUUGGUUCCAGGCAGAUACGUUGCAACUGGGCGACAAAGGGAGCCACUUCUGGUGAGGACAAACAGAGCUCUGAUUCCAAAAGCGUCGUGGAACUUACCAGUGGUGUCUCGGAGGAUGGUAAAGAUACUACUAAUGGUGAAGCUCCUGAGAACAAUGCUCAGUACACAACUGUUUACGUCGGUAAUCUUGCUCCAGAGGUGUCCCAGGUUGAUCUUCACCGCCACUUCCAUUCCCUUGGUGCUGGGGUCAUAGAGGAAGUCCGUGUUCAAAGAGACAAAGGUUUCGGAUUUGUGAGAUACUCUACUCAUGUAGAGGCAGCCCUCGCUAUUCAGAUGGGAAACACACAUUCCUACCUUAGUGGCAGGCAAAUGAAGUGUUCUUGGGGAAGCAAGCCAACUCCAGCAGGAACAGCUUCAAACCCGCUUCCUCCACCAGCUCCUGCACCAAUCCCGGGAUUCUCAGCGAGUGAUCUCUUGGCUUACGAGAGGCAACUAGCGAUGAGCAAGAUGGCAGGAAUGAAUCCGAUGAUGCAUCACCCGCAGGGACAACAUGCUUUUAAACAAGCUGCAAUGGGAGCCACUGGUUCAAACCAGGCAAUAUAUGACGGUGGUUACCAGAACGCGCAGCAGCUCAUGUACUACCAGUAAGAUCUUCCUCGGAGCCGUUACUUGAGCGAAGAGUUCUUUCUUUUCUUCUUUUUUGUUAUGUAACGUCUUUAUUGUAUCUUUUUCUUUUCUUCUAACUUAUGUUCUUGUUAUAAUGUUAUCAUGUAGCUGUGGGUUUGUGGUUUGUGUUCCACGUUUUUUCUUUUGUUAACUACUACGGUUUACGUUUUUGCACAUCUUCAACUUCUUUCUCUUUCUCUUUCUCUAACUUAAUCUUAUUUAUUGGGUCGUAAGUUCGUAUAUCUUAUGUAGAACCAUUAUAAUUUGAAGUUUUUACCUCUC